AUGUCUCCUCUGCAGGCUUGGCUUGCCUGCACUUCGCGUGCGGAGGAGUCUGUGGCCCAUGGACUCGGCAAGGUGGCGAAAUCCUGUGCUCGCAACCCAUGGAAGUGUGUUGCAGUGACCGUCGUCGGCUGCCUGCUUUGUGCGCUGGGCGUUUUGCGUUUCACGGCCGUGAGCGAAGCUCGUGAUCUUUGGGUGGAUCAAGGAUCACAGGCCAUGAAGGACUUGGAGUGGACUGAGCAGUACUUCGCCAACCCCGGCCGCGUGAAUCGUGUCUUGGUCACGGCGAAGGAUGGUGGGAACAUUCUUCGACUUGAGACGAUGGCCGAGAUCUUCCGCAUGGCUGAUGAUGCGAAAGCACUUUCUGAUGCUGAUGGAAAGACCUUUGCCGAUGUGUGCCUCCGGGUUUCCUCCGGCUGCUUGAAUGCUGGAAUCCGCCGCUACUUUGGGACCGGCACCACUGCCGACUUCAAUCAGACGGUCCAGAGCCAAGCCGAUAUCUUGGUUGCUGUGAACAAGGCCAACUUCCCAGACGGUGCCCCAGCCUUCGCAGACGACUCCAUGGGCGGCAUCGCACGCGAUGGCAGCGGUAGCAUCACGAGUGCCACUGCCGUGCGCGUCGACUUCAUCUUGGAUGCCGCAGAGGAGGCCAUGAUGAAGUGGGAAGAGGCUCUCGUGCAGCAUUUCACCAAGGACCAACUCACCGAGCAAGGCUACGAACACGUGAAUGCUUUCGUGCAGGCAGAGCGUUCCCAAGACGACGAAUUGAACAGAACGGUGCAGGCGGACAUUCCUCUCUUUGCCAUCGCCUUUGUGCUGAUGGCCUCCUUCUGUUCGAUCUUCCUGGGAAAGACAGCCUCCUGGACACAGAGCAGAAGGCUGCUGGGUGCGGUCGAGUUCUACCUGGUGAUCUUCGGCUGUAUCGCAGGCUAUGGUACCUGCAUGCUGAUCGGAGUUCCCUUUACCGUGCUGCAGCAGAUCCUCCCUUUCAUUCUGGUGGGCAUUGGCAUCGACGAUGCCUUCGUUAUCUCCGGUGCUUUCGAUGCUGUCGACCCUUCCCUGAGCAUCCCAGACCGGAUCGAGAAAGCCAUGCAGCGCGUGGGAGUCUCUAUCACUUUGACGAAAGUGACCUCCAUCUCCUCUUUCCUGCUGGGUGCCACCUGCGUCUUCCCUUCCGUCCAGUACUUCUGUUUCUAUGCCUCCGUUUCGUGCUUCUUCAUUUGGCUUCUUCACUGCACCACCUUCUGUGCCCUGCUGGCCCUCGACGCCAGGCGCGCCAGCGCAGACCCCCCUCGCCUGGACCCUUGCUUCUGUGUCGGGGCCGGUGCAUCGUGUAUGCCCAGCAAGAAGAGCUCGGAGGGUUCGGCGCCGCUUGAAAGGGUCCUCGUGGCAAUGAUCAAGUUCCUGACCAGCCACCCGGCCAUCUCCUUCGCUACCGUCAUCUUGUUUCUCGCGGUGGCUGCGGUGUCUGCCUGGCAAGUGAGCCUGGGCCUCAGUACGGACUUUGACAUCAUGGACUUGUCGCCUGACAAAAGCUACCUGCGAGAUUUCUACAAUCAGGAGAACCUCCACUUUGGUGGCCUCUCCACAGGUGGCUUGGCUUUGCCGGCGGCCCUGUACGUCGCAGACCAGGACUUCAGCUCACUGGCAGUGCAGCGGCAUCUGGAAGAGGCCGGCGCUGAGCUCAUGGCACUCAGCAACGUCAAUUCCGUCCGGGGCCUUCAGUCCUGGCACACCGUCUUUACACUUUGGGCCUUGCAGAACAAGGGUGUCCUGCCGUCCCUGCCAGACAGUGCCUUCACCGCGGUCGAGACCAACCGAACCGGCUGCCAGGCAGGAUUGCCCUCAGCUGUCACGACUUGCACCAGCCACCUGGUGACGGGCAGCACUUUCUUGCCCGCACUCCAGGAGUUCCUUUCAACGCCGACGGGCAAGGCGUUCGAAGAUGAUGUCGUGGUACAAGAUGGGCAGAUCAAGGUGAUUCGGCUUCGGGCCAAUCACAUCGACACCUUCAACAGCAAGCAGCAGGUUGCCUUGCUCGAGGAGGUAGAGGCCUUCACGGCGCAGUGGCAAAGCGCAUUGCCUGGAAGCUUUGUGAGCUCGCCGGCGUAUAUCUUCUUUGACCAGUACCGUAUCAUUGUCGAGCAGAUGACAGUCAGCAUUGCACUCUGUCUGGCGGCGGUGCUUCUCAUCAGUGCACUGGUCUUGGCCCAUCCCCUCUCAGUGAUGGUGGUUCUUCUUGUCCUGGCACUGGUCUUCAUGGACCUGAUGGGCAACAUCGUGCUGUGGUCCCUGGCUCUCAACUCCAUCUCUAUGAUCAACCUCAUCAUGGCAGUUGGCUUGGUUGUGGACUACUCUAUGCACAUGGCACACAGCUUCGGGCUCCAAGAUGGAUCGUUGCCACGGGCCAAGCGGGCUGAGCUGGCCAUGAAGGAAAUGGGACAGCCGAUCUUCCUGGGCGUCAGCACAACCUUCUUGGCCAUAUUGCCCCUGGCUUUCUCGGCUAGCCAGGCCUUCCGCGUGUUCUUCAAGAUGUUCUUUGGCAUUGUUGUCGCAGGCGGUUCACACGGGUUGAUUUUCCUCCCCGUCUGCAUGUCCAUGUUUGGGCCCAGCGUGACGAAGCCUGCUGCCACGGAAGGCGCAUUGGACGCAGAUGUAGAAAAGCCCUCGAAGGCAGACAAGGAAGAAGCUCAAAAAGCCAAGGAGCUGGAUGACAAAUGGACGGUUGAGGUUUUCGAGUGUUAG